AUGCUUGCCGGUGGAGAUGGAGCUGCCGGAGGGGGAGAGGUCACGGGACGCUCGCUGUCUAGACGCACGAGUAACGCUGGAAUCCGCGUCGGCGAGGAAACCAGCAGCCAGCAAUGUUCCGGUUCCUGGAAAUCUCCCGACAACGCGUACAACGCCACCUGGGAGUACGAUGACAUUAGAGACAGGGUCAAGUUCACGAUCAGCACGGCGAAUCUGGAUAGAUGGGUCGGAAUCGGAUUCUCCAAGGACAAAUACAUGCCAGCGACAGACGUUGCCUACGGUUGGGUGAACACGGACACGGAGGCGCGACUCUUUGACGGGUGGAUCUCCGUGAAGGCGCAUCCGCGCACGUCCGAGCACAACGACCUUCAGAUGGUGACCUUCAGCAAGAAGGACGGCCGUCACACGCUCUCCUUCUGGAAGCCCCGCGUCGCUCGCGAGCCCGAGGACCUGACGCUUGAUGACGUCUACCUCAUGUUCCCCGCCAAGCCAGGCCUCUACAACGCCGACUACUCGCGCAUCUUCAAGCAUCUUGCACAGCCCAUCAUCGGUCCAAAGGUCUACUUCGGCGCAUGCGCGACGUCGAGCGUCGGCGAAUCGUUGCAGAGCGUCGCGCGUUCGCAGACGACCGACGUCGUCGCGCGUCGCAAAGACCCGGAAGUCGUCCCGCGGAAAGUGCCGGAUGCGGACGUCGUCGCGCUGCGAGCGACGAAGGUCGCAUCCCCCCGGCGCGUCACAGACGACGCGGAUGUCGUCUCCCGACGGUUCUUACAGGAAGCGACGGAGCGUCAGCUGCAGCGCGCCGUUUCCGAGGUUACCGAUACGAAGCAGGAUAGUCAGGAUCCGUUCGCCCUGAAGCUAAACACGCCGCAGUUGAUCCAGGUGCAGGGAGCGCGCACGUCGUCGACGUCGCGACAGUCUAAUGAGAGGUCGUCGUCGUCCAGCCAGCGGUCUGCAACAGGUCACGACGCAUGCUCGGGAUCGUGGAUAGCUGACGACGGUUCAUACACGGCUACGUGGGACUACGUGCCAGCCACCGACAGGGUGCGCUUCAGUGUCAGCGUCAACACGCUUACCGGAUGGAUAGGCCUCGGAUUCUCGAAUAACAGAUUCAUGCCUUUCACAGACCUCGCCUAUGGAUGGAUAAACGAGCAGAACGAGGCCAAGCUAAUCGAUGGCUGGCUGUACACGUACUCGGUGCCGCGGUCGGGGGAGCAGCAAGACCUCGAGCUGAUCUCGGCUAGUCGCAGCGGCAAUCGGCAGACGAUCGAGUUCACGAAACCGAGGCUCGGCGGUCAGGACGACCUUGACCUCGCCGGAGUCUACCUCGUCUUCCCGACGAAGCCCGGUCCUUACGAUGCCUCGUCGGAAAGCGUCAGCAAGCAUCACGAGCCCCCGGUCAUAGGGCCGAAAGUCGACUUCACGUCAUGCGUCCAGACACAGGUGGCGCGAGCGUCAAAUACACGGGCGUCGGCGCGGGCGUUAGGCACGCGCGCAGGUGGCUCCACCUACACGUCGCGGCGUGACAAUAUUCUGCUGUCGAAGUCUGGCGGCUCGCAACACUCAUCACGUGACUCAAUCUUCAGGGAGUCCCUGCCGUUCGAGACGCCCCCUACACGUGCCACGCGCCGCCCUCCUAUACGUGCCACGCCGCGGCCCACUACAGGUGGGUCCAGCUAUCGGGAGUCCCUGCCGUUCGAGACGCCCCCUACACGUGCCACGCCGCGGCCCACUACACGUGCCACGCCGCGGCCCACUACACGUGGCUCCACCUAUCGGGAGUCCCUGCCGGUCGAGACGCCAUCAACACGCCCUACGCCGGGGCCCAUCGCAGCGCCGGUUGAUUUCGGCUCGCGGCCGGUCACCGGCGUGGCGCAGAGAAUAGGUUCCACCCGGCGCUCGCACCAGCGAAUAUCCAGACGGCCACUACCGGCCACCAGACGGCGCCCGAGAACGCGCACGCCUCGACCGACCGAUCCGACGACGGUAUACACGACCGACGCGACGACGACGGAGAUACCUACGGAGCCGACGACGGAAGUGACGACGGCGCCGCCGACAAGGCGUCCCUUCCGCCGACGUCAGUCGUUGGUUGCACACCAGCAGCGCCUUCAGAGAAUCUCAGCGGGCCGACGACGACCCCGGCCGGUGCCGACACGAACAGGGCGACCACAACCGCCACCGACGACGACGACGACCACCAGACCGACGACGACAACAGAGGCACCGGUGGUGCGCCCGACAACGCCGGCAUUCGAACCGCCGGGACCACGUAACUUCGCUGCGUCGUGCGAGGGUUACUGGUCGUACCCGGAGGCGUGUCCGGCGUCGCAAUGCGACUACGCCAUACACUGGAUCUACGAGGCGCUGCAAGAUAGGGUCAAAUUCACCAUCACGGUGCCGCAGGGCAAGUGGGUGAGCGUUGGCUUCUCGAAGAACGGACGCAUGAAAGAUACGGACAUCGCAUUCGGCUGGGUGACACCUGACGGCCUGGCGAGGCUCUUUGACGGGUUCCUCACCGGUUACCGGCCGCCGGUCGUCGCCGAAUCGAACGACCUGCAGUUCGACGAGGCGCGUCUGGCCAACGGCGUGCAGACGCUUAUCUUCUGGAAGCCUCGCACCGGCCUCAUAAACGACCUGACGCUCAACGGCGUGCACCUCGUCUUCCCGCACAAGCCAGGCACGUACGACACGAGCAAGCCCGAGCUGCCGACGAUCAGCAAGCACGAGCAGACGCCUGUCGUCGGACCGAAGGUCAACUUCAGGACGUGCCGCCUUGACUUGUCGCGGAUUCAGUCGCAGCCGCGCGUCCGGGCGCCGGCGACGCGGCCGACGCCAAUCGUACGCCAGGCACUUGACCGGUCCGGCAAGGACUCGGAGCCAUUGAACAGCCGGCUUACGCCCACGCGCAGCCAGCAGCAACGAACGGGGUCCGCAGCAACGACAAGUCAACAGCGACUCGAACAGAGUACAGUAGCAAGAGGGACGGGUCAACAACAGUCUGGACAAACAACACUUACACAGGUGGGAGGUCAACAAAGAUUCGGACAGACUACAUCUGGAAGCGGAACAGGCCAACAAAGAUUCGGACAGAGUACAACAGCAAGAGGGACGGGUCAACAACAGUCUGGACAAACAACACUAACACAGGCGGGAGGUCAACAAAGAUUCGGACAGACUACAUCUGGAAGGGGAAUAGGUCAACAAAGAUUUGGACAGAGCACAUCUAUAGGUGGAAUAGAUCAACAAAGAUUCGGACAGAGUACUGCUAGUAGGACUGGUCAGCAACAGUUCGGACAGAAUACCAAUGGCCGCGGCAUAGCGCAGAGGCAGAGCUUUUCGACACAGACUAGCGGUCAGCGCCUCGUACCAAGUACGUCUGCACAAGUAAGAUCUCAGCAACAGUUCAGUUCAACGCAGCUUGCGUCUCGUCCGCAGAGCGGUCAGCGGCAGGGUUCCCUGUCUAUCACUAGCAGCAGCUCGCGGCCGCUUCCAUCGUUCUCCACGCUAGCACGACCUGCGCCCAAUCGCGGCUUAAGUUUGGGACAACGACAAAGCAUCCUCAACACGAAUCGAGCGACCAACAAUGUCCCACGAGCAACGACUCCUCGACCCGGCUCAACGACAAAGGGGUCGCUAUUGUUUCUGGGAGAGUUGAGGAAUUUCUCUCCAAGCGGAAUACGAGGAAAGAUCUACGGUAUAGACCGCAAGCAGAUAGGGUUGUCCGGCUUUGUUUUCGACCCAUUCAGAGAAUCAUGUAGAGAUCCCGUGUUCUACAUCGGUGUACAUGACCACCGAUCCGAGCUGCUCGCUAAUCAGAAAUCGGGAGCCAUUCAGCAAUGUCCAGGCGAGUUCGGCAUACAAGUUCCGGACGAAAACAAAAGCCUGCAACCACUGCGAAGACGUUAUAAUGGCCAGAACAUCGUACUGCUGCUUCCCGACGGAGUGGAGACGAUUCAGCUGCAGUGGUUAUCGCUCUGGUGUAGAAGCACCAACACCGACCUCGCUAGCGCCGUCUUCCCUGGCGAGGCUCUCCGGCCUGUACCACCAGAGGGCGUUACAUCUUUGCAAGGAGACGGCGUUUCCAGUACCGAGUUAGCCACGCUCAACGCGUCGACAGUGGGCAUCGCUGGCCUACGCUACAACAGAAAAUACGAGUCUACCUUCUUCGUCGUGGGAAAAUCAGGGGGAGAAACUCCGACGAAGGAAAACAUCGUGUCGAUCGUACCUGAUGAAAAUGGCGAGCUCGACACGAAUGGCAUUGGACCAUACAACGGAGACAAAAUCGUCAUUCUAGAUCUGCCUGCAGGACUUACAUGGCUCGAUGUAGACUACUUUGCCAUUUUUACAUAUAAGCAGUGCAAUCCAAAACCACUCGUCUGGUUGCGUAUCAAAGUCGAAGAAUAAUAACUGUAGGAGUUGAUGAUUAUAUGUACGAUUUUCAGAAAUAUAUCGCGCUUAUUAAAUACGUCCGAUUGUAAUGUACUCAUGGAGCAUAAACGGGUCUAUACUGUAGACCUAAGUAUCAAAUAAGAGGCAGCGAAAAGAUGCAACGUUUUGCUUUCCGAAGCGGGGAAAACAUCACUCGUGAUCUUCAGUAAAGUAGCUUUCGUGUAGAAAUAUGUUCAUACAUAUCAUUAACGGAAGCACUCGCCUCGCAUGUUUGGGCAUUUGUUUAUCCGUGUGUUUAAAAGCAGCCGAUUACAUGCUAUAUAUGUGCAAUACGCAACAUCUUGUUACUGAGGACGGCAUAGGCUGGUACCUCUGUUACAUCACUUAAGCAGUGUCUGCAUAUACAUUGAUAGCAUGGAGCCAUACAUAACAAAGUGUACAUAUACAAGCUUAGCCAUCACCUUACGCUUACCAUCGACGAUCGCGGUCACCACUAUUAGAGAGUUAUAGAUUGUUAAAAUAACCGCGUACCAGCCAACACGCAAUUGUAACUUAAAUACUGUUUCAUAGGAAUUAAUCUGGAUAUUUUAUUAAUAUUCAAACGUAUUUUACUGUAGUGUGCAUUUUCUGUGAUGGGACCAGGACGAUACAUGAUCCGUGCGCAUUUUGAAAUAAAGAGGCUGUACGUUUGUUCGAUAA